AUGCAGCAAUCAGGUUUAAUAUGUGAUGUUUUUGUGGUGUUAGAAUUAAUCACUUUAAUGUCACCUAAAUCUAAGUCUAAAUCCAAAUCCAAUAUUCCUACUUCAACCAAUUUUGACUCUCAUCCUAGUGCCACCACCGGUAUCCCGUUGCCACCUCCGCCACCACCAUCACCAUGUAUAUCACCACCACCAUCACCGUUACCAUCACUAUUCAUUCCGUCGGAGACGACAUCAUCGCCGUCUAACUAUUCUUCUCAAAACCUCUAUACAACAACUAGUACUCCAAGUACACCUACUAAUAUUACUUCAAGGUAUGUGUCACAGUUCCCUUGGUCAUUCUUACCGCCGCAUCCAUCAUCACCGUCACCGUCAUCAUCAACAUGGUCAUUAGCAACAUCGUCGCAAUCGUCUGUAUCAUCAUCUCAACCACCAUCAUUGAAGGGGACGACUAUGACGACGACGACGACGACAACGCCAACGAUGAGGGGUGUUCAUAGGAAGGUAUGGAAUGCCAUGAAGUCUGGUUGCAUGGCUUGUUUUAUGCCUAACAAACAAAAAUCAUCAAAGAAAAUUGGAGAUAAUAGUACUUCUCAUUCUCAUUCUCAUUCUCAUGAUCAUGGUUUGUGUCAUAAGAGGAAAGAGAGUCAAGAGAUGAGGGAACAAAAGCUCAAAGAGGUCAUCUUCUACUGUAAGACUUCUUGGCAUACUCUUGAGACCUAA